UUGGUCUGGGUUAGUGCUCAUACUCCCAAAGAAAAAAUAAAAUAAAAUUAAAAUGACCAACUUGUUUUUAAGAUUUCAGAUUUGGAUCCUACAGGACUUGGUACCCUCGAUUUUCUUUUGUUUCUAACUGAGGUAGUCAGAAGAGUCUAUUCUUUAAACAGUUUCGAAAAAUUUCUGUAUCCAUUUAACCAUUUUUAUAAAUUAUUCCCACCUUUCUUUUAAUUAUAUUUUCCCUUUAAAGUGAAAACUUAAUCAUUCUUUUGGUUACUGUAAGCUAUUUCCCCCUAUAGGUUGGUUUUUGCAGCCAUCAGUUUGGCAGUUUCCAUGACCAAAACAUAGUACUAUUUAUGCUGAAUGUUCUUGCUACUUGCUGGAUUAAUUUUGGGGUUUUGUUCUUUGAUUCACUUUGGUGAUUAUAGUAUACAAAUGACAUGCAUGAUAAGUUAUUGGUAAUUUUUGUCUUAUCCUUUCAUCUAUCAACCUGUGUUGUUAUUUUGUGACAUUACUGUUUUUUCCACAAUAAUCUCCCUUGAUUGCUGAAUCCGGGUCAACUUCUUUUCUCUUCUGGGUCAAAUUUCCACUCACCCCAUUUUACACGGCAUGCCUUGUGUUUGAGUAAAUGUCACAGUGAGACCAAAUCUCAAAGUUCAGCACAAAUUGGUUGUAUUUUGGGGUAUGUUCUCUUUCUUUUUCCUCUCUUGUUUCAAGUUUGGUGCCAAGUUUGUUCCUUUGGAUAUAAAAUAAUCACUGCAAAAGCUACUCUACUUUGGGUUUUUCUUGCCUGCUUGAAUAGAGAUUGAGGUGCUUUCUGGGGUGUUGGAAUUUGGAGGAGAUGAAACAGAUAGGGUUUUAGGUUGUUUUUUUCACUUGGGGGUUUCAGAAAUAUGGGUUCUCAAGGUGGGGCAGUCCAAGAGGCACAGAGUGGUGGCUCUGGCUCCUUGGCUAGGCAAGGGUCAUUGUAUAAUCUCACACUUGAUGAGGUUCAAAACCAGCUUGGAAAUUUGGGGAAGCCAUUAGGAAGCAUGAAUCUUGAUGAGCUUCUAAAGAGUGUGUUUACGGCUGAGGCUGGAGGUUGUGGUGGUGGUGGUGGUGGUGGUCAAGCCUCUUCUGGAUUGGGUUCUGGGACUGAUGCUAACAUUCAGCAGCAGCAUGCUCAGUUAGCUUCGGUUUCAUCCCUGAAUCGACAAGGGAGCCUAACUGUUUCUGGAGAUCUUAGCAAGAAAACCAUUGAUGAGGUUUGGAGAGAUAUGCAGAGAAAGAAGAGUGGUGGAAACAGUAAUAAUAAUGAUAAGAAAACAAAGGAGACACCACCAACAUUUGGCGAGAUGACCCUGGAGGAUUUCUUGGUGAAAGCAGGAGUUGUUGCUGAGUCUUUUGCUACUGAGGAUAAUGCUAUGUCAAGGGUUGAUUCCAAUGUGGCUUCUCAGCACAAUGUUUCUGAUCAAGUACAUUGGAUUCAAUACCAAAUCCCAUCAGUGCAGCCGGCACCGCAUCUCCAGCAUAAUCAGCAUCAGAAGCAGCAGAAUAAUAUGAUUGCUGGUUAUAUCGCUGGCCCUAUGUCGCCAUCUUCUUUGAUGGGUACAUUAUCAGAUACCCAGACUCCGGGUCGGAAAAGGGUUGCCUCUGGUACUGUUGUUGAGAAAACUGUGGAGAGGAGACAGAAGAGGAUGAUAAAGAAUAGGGAAUCUGCUGCGCGGUCGCGUGCUAGAAAACAGGCUUACACACAAGAACUGGAGAAUAAAGUUUCCCGUUUAGAAGAAGAAAAUGAAAGGCUUAAAAGACAGCAGGAGAUAGAGAAGGUGUUGCCAAGUGAGCCACCACCAGAGCCCAAGCGUCAACUUCGCCGGACGAGUUCGGGACCCCUUUGAAUGCCCUCACUGUGUUCUCAUUUGCAAAAUAUAUAUAUUCGACACUAUAGUUUGCACAGUUAGAAGGGUGGUUUUCUCAUUAUGGUAGUGCUGCUGUUAGUUCUCCUAAGCAUGCUCAUUUGUAAGAGUGUUUUUCUUGAAUGUACAUUUCAUAUAAGCCAAACUUUAAUUUACCAAGCACUAUAAAAUAUACUUUACUCUAAUUUUGGACACAUUGUGGCAAUGUGACUUCACAAAAAAGGUUUCUUUCUUUGUCAUCUU